GGAAAUGACGCAAGACUUUGGGUUCGACCAAUCAGAAAGCUCACAGCGCGCAGUUCGAAUGUCAACGUCCGCCGAGAGGAAAACAGCGCACCGGAAGUGAAGCUUGUCGGUUUGUACUGACGCCCAGUGAGCCAUGGUUCGCGAGCGGGUCGUCCAGAAGAAGUCGUUCCAGCAGAGCCUGGACGACAUUAAGGAGAAGAUGAAGGAGAAGCGGACCAAGCGGCUGGCGAGUGCGAGUGCUGCGAGUCGAGGACUUUCCAAACUGAAGACCGCGGCCGCGGUGAAGCCGUUCGUGCUGAAGAGCGUGCAGGUGAAUAACAAAGCGCUGGCCCUGGCUCUGCAGGCGGAGAGGGAGAAGGUACGGCAAGCGCAGGGGAUCAUCCUGCAGCUGAAGAGGGAACGACAGGCUCUCAUCUUCCACCUGCUGAUGAUGAAGAGGGCUCUGAGUGAAGGGGGCGUGGCCAGAAGUGCACAGACGUUCUCUGCAGAGGAGCCGAAGCCGGACCUCGCGCAGUCGACCUGCCCCAGAGGCGUGGCACAGGCUGACGCUGUCACUCAGGAGGAGGAGCUCCGCCCCCUCGAGUCGCUCACACAGCAGGAGGAAGACGGAGCUCUUGGAGGAUCCGGUAACGGCGAGGCGUCUUUGCCUCCCUCUGUCGGAAUGCGGCGGCGGCGCGAUGGACGGAAGCGCUCUGAGCGGAGGCGGAGCUCGCUGUUUAACCCCGCCUCCGUGGAUGUUUGUGUAACGGAAGAGGUGGAGCCUCAGAACUCCGGCGUGGCCGAGGAUCCCGAGCUCCACCUGGAUACGGGGGUUGGCGUUGCAGCCGACGUCGCUGAGCACGAAGGUACCGCUGAAAACACCACAGCCGGGGGUCAAAGGUCACUCCGGACAUAUUCCGUUGAUGCGUCCAAGGCGGCGCUGGACUCUGAGCUUUCGGACCUUGCCGCCGUGCAGCACUCGACCCCGGAACCGCCGCAGCGCCGCGCGUCCAGACAGACGAAGAGGAAAGCGGCGCAGUCGGCUACCAAACCGGAGCGAAGCCGCAAAGUGGAGCGAGCGCCGCUGAAGAAACCCUGGGAGAAGCCUCGUGCUCGCUCUAAGAGUCGCGCGGCGGCGGGCGGUUCUGCAUCUGGUUCUGGUUCUGGUUCUGGUUCUGCUCCCAGCGACCGGUUGAACUCCUCACUCGGCGGCAACGACACGUUCGACUUCGACUGCGAAGAGGCCGUCCACAUCACGCCUUUCCGAGGAGGAGGCAAAGCCUCAGAAGCCCCGCCCUCUCCUAUCACCAUGCCCUCUCCUGUAGCUCCGCCCCCUCCCGCCCCCGCAGACGAGGAACCCAGCUCUUCAGAAGCAGAACAGGAAGCAGACGACAGCCCGUACGUUCCAGACAGGAAGUUCAGACGGACUCGCGAUCCUCCGCCACGCCGCGCCCGCUCCAAGAGGAGGUCCGCUCAGACGAGAGGGAAGGAGAACACCGGGCCGAAGCAGAACCGCACGGUUCCAGAACUCUCUGGAAACGUCAAAACACGCACAGAGGCUGCAGACGCCACUUUGUCGAUCCACACAGAACUACAGCUCCCACAAUCCCCUGCUGCAGACCUGCAGUUCCCAGAGUCUCUGUUAUCUCCGUCUGCUGAGAAGAUCAACCUGUCAACUCCAGACCAGGAGAGUGCUAAAGCUGCUGCGUCUGGAGAGGAAAUGGCGUCUCCUCCACCCGACAUCCCGUCUGCGGAGGCGGGGCUUAUGAUGAUUGACAGUCCUUUAUUUGAAUUGACAAACCGCAGGAACCAAUCAUCAGAGCAGGAGAACAGCAUGGCUGUGGUGAUGGACAAGUCGAGGAGGAGAAAAGGUGGUCUCGUUGUUCGCUCCUGUCUGGGCUUGGCUUUGAGUGACGUGACAAAUCUCUCCCCCGCAGCCUAUCAGACGCCUCUGCAGGGCCGAGACUCCACCCCCAGCCUCGGCCGCAAGAGACGCUGCACGAGCGUCGUCAGCUAUAAGGAGCCGUCGAUCAGCUCGAAGCUGCGGCGUGGAGACAAGUUCACAGACACGCGUUUCCUGCGCUCGCCCAUCUUCAAGCAGAAAUCCCGGCGCUCCAUUAAAUCCAUGGAGAAAUACAACGAGUCGUUCGUGGGCUGCCGCUGAACGUUUUAACCUUCACAGCGUCCUGACUCGCUCCUCUCUUCCUCCCGCAUUACAACUUGUACAUCAUCUUUACUCUGUAAAUAUGAAAUUGUGUGUGUUAACUCAUUUUAAUGAAAAACCAUGUAAAAUAAAGUUAGUGUUUUUUUAUAAACCA